AUGUGUGGAUUGGAAAACAACAUGGAGGCCAAGCAGAGGGCGAAGCGUCUCAAGGGAUACAUGAUACGGUAUGACAAGCUUGCAAGGCAGCGCACACGACUUAUGGACCACACCGAGCGUCUCGCAGACAGCCGCGUAUCCGUGGACGAAGAGACACAGACUCGGGCGUCCUCGGCCGAGACAUCCUUGCAUGUACUAUACCUGGAUGGGCAUGGAAACAUCUGCCCCACCGUCCCGGUGCAGCCAGGGCUGCCAAGGUGGGUGUCUCUGCGCGUGAACUCCUGUGCCUCUCUUCUUCUAUCGGUUCACAACAUCGUAGUCAGGUCGGAGCUUGCCGCACGCUGUGAGACUAACGACGCCGCCGAUCGCAUUCUUACCAGAAUCCAGACAAACCACGGACCUUCCGUCCAGAUCCCCAACGAGUGCAUCGUGCUCUGUCCCCCGCCGCCCCUCUUUCUUGAGUCCUUGCACUAUCUCCUGGUGAAACUGCAGCUCUGCACGGCGCCGGUCCCAGGUGCUGACUCCCGAGUGGUCGGCGAGGUUGCGGCCCGCCCAUUUACAUUCAGCAGGAAUAUGACACAUAAGGAUCGUCAGUUUACACAAAUAUCCGACACCUACCCAAUCGUCCUCGAUUCGGAGGUUGUUGGAAGCCUGUGCUUGCGACUGGAAAUGCUUUCGCACGACCAUACAAUCGAGACCACGCGUCACUUCACGGUAGACUGCUCCAGUCUUAAUAGGCCCAAUCAGAAAGAAAAACGAAGACUGAUAGGCGCACAGACACAGACAACUGGAUAUCUCACUUCGACCUUAGAGGAAAGGCGGCUGUAA